UCGCAAGCCAUCCACACACAAACCGUGUGCCCGCAAAGUCGAAACACAAAGCAAAGGCGAAGAACGAGUGGUUCAAGAUUGAAAUCGGCCAAAUAUAGUUGUCAACAUCAUCUAGUUGCAUGCAAUUUCAGGACGUAAAGCUGCUUUUUGCUCCCCGAAGAAUAUCGGCCGAAGGCCGCACGAGCCGGCAACGCCGCAGAGGGAAUGUCAGUCUCGCUGGGCCGGGCUUUGGGAAACAUCAGACAAUCGAGGCCACGCCGGUGCUGCCGCUCCGCUAACUACGGCGAACCCGCCAACUAGCUUACAGCACGCCAGCUUAGCAGUGCCAGUUUGUGAACAGCAAUAGGUAUGGCCUCUGCUAAAGAUACGGCGACGUUCUUCACCCACGGCACCUGUCAACAUUUCGAGCAGGUCCUCAAGUUAUAUCCGCAAGCCCUUCGACUCAAAGCCGAUCGGAAAGCCAAGAAACCAGAGGAACUCAUCAAAUUAGACAAUUGGUUCCAAAAUGAACUACCGAAAACAAUCAAAAGUCGCGGCAAAGAUGCCCACUUGAUCCACGAGGAAUUAGUCCAAUGCAUGAAAUGGAAACAGACGAGGGGAAAAUUCUUCCCGCAACUCUCCUAUUUGGUCAAAGUGAACACGCCCAGGGCCGUCAUGGCCGAAACGAAGAAAGCGUUUAGGAAAUUGCCCAAUCUGGAACAGGCCAUGCAGGCCCUGUCGAAUUUGAAGGGCGUCGGCACCACCAUGGCUUCUGCACUAUUGGCGGCCGCUUCUCCCGAAACGGCCCCCUUCAUGGCCGACGAAUGCCUGAUGGCCAUACCGGACAUCGAGGGUAUCGACUACACCACCAAGGAGUACCUGAAAUUCGCCACACAUAUUAACAACGCCGCCGAUAGGUUGAACAAGUCCACCGAGGAGACGAGGCUGAACGAAUCCACCGAAGAAACGGAGAAGCCCGAAGACGUUCGAUGGACGCCACACAAGGUCGAAUUGGCCUUAUGGACGCAUUACGUGGUGUCAGAACACAAGCCGGAAUUACUCUCUAGUAUUUUCGUCGGUAGUCCUUUAGAAAAUGGUAACGCCGUUCCGAAACCGGUAGUCCAUCAAAACGGCGAUUCGAUAAUCGAUCCGACGACAUCCGACGAAAGCAAUCAGGGUCCACUGAACGGGAAAACGAUCAUCGACGAAGACACCACGACGACUUCGUUCACGGAUAACAGCCCGCCAUCUAUCGAUCAAAACGAGGAGACCAACGACAGCGUCGUAUCAGGGUCGGAAGAAUUGAGCAAAGAUUCUCUGCCCUCAACAGAAGACUCGAACAGUAUAGAAAACACCUUGAAGCGGCCGUACGACGUAGACACUACCAUUCAACCGUCGACCAAGAAAAUACGGGAGGACGUAGAGGCGAAGUGACAAAUACGUAAUUACCUAUAAUUUUUUUUUUUUUACUUUUUAUUUUAACGAUAGGUUCUAUUCACACACAAACACAUUGUAGUUGCAUUAUUUAAUUAUCUUUUUACCCUCUCCGCUCCUCUGUUGUCCUCUUCACCACCGUUUUGAAGUUUGGAUCGGAUUCGGGAGUCUUGUACAGGUUUUGGCUCGAAAAUAUUCAAUUUGGUAGAUAGAAAUAAUAAAUUAUUUAAAAACAAACGCGGGAAUAUAAUUUUGAACAAAUUCCCCAGAUGUGGGGAAAUUUGUGUGCACGUGAUCGAAAUACUCGUCUCUUAUUGGACGAACCGAUUGAAUUCGAGUAAAAAUUAUCCAGAAUUACCCAGAUCUGGGGACUUCUCUAAUGGUAUAUUUUUUGUUCGUUUUCAAUUAUCAUACGAUUUAAAAUAUGUUAGUGUCUUAAAAUUUCGUUUGAAAGUUAUAAUUUAAUUAUUUUUUUAAUACAUUUAUUUAUUUAUAAUAAAUUAUGUCUGGAAUGUAAUAUCGUCUUUCUAAUUUAUGUAUAAAAAAAGUUUAAUAAGAUCAAAUCUGGUAAACGUGUUGGAGUUUCAAAAUUAAAAAUACUCUACCCAAAAAAUUAUUGAAAUUAAAUAGUCAUGAAUCUGAUUUGUUACUUAGAUUUGAUGCCUCAUUUUUAUAUACAAUUAAUCAUUUCUAAUUUGUAUAACUUUCUAUGAAAUAUUUUUUAUUACUAUUAUUACUUUGAAGCACAUUCGGGAUUUUAUUGUUUUAAUUUAUGUAGAAAUCGUUGGUUUUCCUUUCCCCUAACCUCAUAAAAGUUAAUCUGUCUACCUGAAAGGUCAAAAUUCGUUGAAAAUUGACUCAAUUUGAAUAUUUAAUGACAUUUUAAAUGCGGCAAAUAAAUGCUAAGUCCCUGGACAUUCCUAGAAAGAAAUUUUGAUGUUUUCUUGAUGAAAGAUUGUUAAUAAAUAUAUUGUAAACAGGGUGAUCCUCAUUAUAGAGAUUUUGAAAUGUUAUUUACCAAAUUGUAUAUUUUCGAGUUAGAACUAAACCUAUUUUGAGGGAAAUGAGAUUCAUGUUUAUUGUAAAAAGAAAUUUUGAAACGGAUAAUUGUUUUCUAUUUCUCCCUCUCCGCUCUCCUCUAUAUAAUAAACUGGUGACGUCUCGGUGUCCUCUUGUAUAGACACGUCACUUUUUCCAAUUAUUUGGGAUUUAGAAACUUAAAAA